AUGAAGCUGAACGUCCUUGUCCUCGCCGCCACGGCCCUGGCCGCGCCGGCCUCCAAGAUGGUCGUCCACGAGUCCAGAGACGCAGGUCACGUCGGCUACACCAAGGGCGCUGCUGUUGACACCAACACCAAGGUUCCCGUCCGCAUCGCUCUCAAGCAGCGCAACCUGGACAAUGCCAUGGAUCUCCUCAUGAAGGUCUCCGACCCCAAGUCUGCCGACUACGGCAAGCACUACUCCGAGGACCAGGUCGUGUCUACCUUUGCUCCCGACGCCAAGUCCGUCGAGGCCGUCAAGGCGUGGCUCGUCUCCAACGGCAUCUCGGCCGAUUCCAUCAAGCAGAGCCAGAACCAAGGCUGGCUGACCUUUGAGACGACGACCGGCAAGCUCGAGUCUCUCCUCGACGCCAAGUACAACCAGUACAGCCACCCGACCCGCAAGGGCACCUACAUCGGCACCGACGAGUACAAGCUGCCCAGCGCCGUCGCCGACCACGUCGACUUUGUCCAGCCCGCCGUCGCGCUCGCCGCGCAGACCAAGAUUGAGCGCCGCCUGCCCAAGGUGCCCUUCUUCCCCAUCAACGAGGCCCUGACCACGUCGGCGUCGACCUGCCCCAGCCGCAUCACCCCGGCGUGCCUGCGCACCAUGUACAACUUCAAGCAGGGCACCCUCAAGGACGCCUCCAACGACCUCGGCAUCUACGAGGAGGCCGGCGAGCAGUUCAUCCAGUCCGACCUCAACACCUUCUACGCAAAGUACGCCACCAACGUCCCCAGGGGCACCGCGCCCAAGAACGCCCCCAUCAACCAGCAGACGGGCACCCAGGACAGCGGCGAGGCCGACCUCGACUACGAGAUGGCCGUCCCCAUCAUCUACCCCCAGGGCACCGUCAACUACGAGGUUGGCGUCCCCGACGACGCCCUGAGCUUCUUCGACCCUCUCCUGGAGGGCCUCGACGCCUCCUACUGCAACGACAGCGGCGAGUGCGGCAAGUACAAGGCCACCAACGUCAUCUCCAUCUCCUACGGCGUCGAUGAGGCCGACUUUACCGCCAGCUACGUCAAGCGCCAAUGCAACGAGUGGAUGAAGCUUGGUCUUCAGGGUGUCUCUGUCCUGAUCUCCUCUGGUGACUCUGGUGUUGCCAGCCGUGAGCGUGAGUGCCUGGGUAACAACCAGGACGUCUUCGUUCCCGGCGUCCUUGGCGGCUGCCCGUACAUCACCUCCGUGGGUGCCACCCAGCUCCCCGCCGGAUCCAGCCCCGGCGACGCCGAGACUGCCACCAUGCAGCUCUUCUCCUCUGGUGGUGGUUUCAGCAACGUCAACGCCGCUCCCGACUACCAGAAGUCCGCUCUCGCUACCUACUUCUCCCAGCACGACCCCGGUUACGACUCGUACAACACCACCAACGGUGUCAUCCCCAACAACGGUGGUAUUUACAACCGCGCCGGCCGUGGCUACCCCGAUGUCUCCGCCAACGGUCUCAACGGUGUCGUCGUCGUCAACGGCCGCGAGGGCACCAGCGGUGGUACUUCCCAGUCCGCCCCCAUUUUCGCUGCCCUCAUCAACCGCAUCAUCAACGAGCGCAUCAGCGCCGGCAAGAAGGGCCCUCUUGGCUUCCUCAACCCCACCCUCUACCAGAACCCCGGCAUGUUCAACGACAUCACCUCUGGCGACCAGCACAUGGGCGGCCCCAAUGGUGACGGCGCCCCCAGCGAGUGCGGCAACAACGGUUUCUCGGCCGUCCAGGGCUGGGACCCUGUCACUGGUCUUGGAACUCCCAACUACCCCAAGAUGCUUUCCGUCUUCCUCAAGAACUAA